AUGUAUCCGUUAAGGACAGCAGCAUAUGAUACCUCCUUUAAAGCUAUUACUAACAAAGCAUUUGAAGAGUACCAACAAUUUGCCAUUGUGGCAAUUAGCAAUAUUCCUUCCGAUAUAGCCAGUUCGGAGACAUAUCAACUUAUUAGUGUUAAUGAAUUUGGUGUUGCUAUCAUAUGGACAGUAAUUAAUGAAGAGACAGCCCGAACAACUGAUUAUGAUCUUGGCCUACGUCCAGGAGCACAGUUGAAAAUGACACAAACAUCAGUGAUACAACCAGAUAGUGUCAUUUUUAGUAAUUUGAAUUCAUCACGAAAGAUGACUGUCAAUUGUAUGACAAUGGUACCAACCAAUGCGGCGCAAUUUCUCCUUGGUACCACUAGUGGUAUUAUUAUUAAUUUCGUUGCAAGCAAAGCAAACAAAUUAUUUGGUCCGAAAAUGUAUCGAAAUGAUUUCGCAAAAAGUAAGAAACCGGAAUCUGUAGAUGAUCUGAAAUUGAAAGAUGGCUAUGAAGUGACCACAGCUGAAUUAUGGCAGUAUAUUGUCACUCCAAGCAACUCAUACACAAAUCUUUUGGCAAUCGGUUUUAGUAAUGGAGAAGUGCAAUUACACGGUUUGUCGAAAUCAUCCACUAAUUAUGAUAACAGGAAGCGGAAUAAAUCAUUAUCAAAUGCUAUCAAAGUAUAUAAGAACAUGUAA